GAAGACCUUCACAGCAGAAGAGUUCUUCGAGACGCCUUCGUUUUCUUGCUUUGGUGCUGCUGCCCGGCGUGUUUUGCGUUGCAACUUCAAUGACGUCUCUCCUGUCCGUCUAUGAAGAGGGCUGUCGCACCUCGAGGGUCACACCAAACUCGGCCUUACAUAGCUACUUCGCGACGAGGAGCUCUGACGAGCCGCUGCACAUCUUCUCCCUCAGCUCCAACCAAGUAGGUCCGCGUGGCCUGCGGGCGCUGCUCCCCGUGUGGCUCCUGUGCCGCCACACGCUGCACACCCUCGACCUCAGUCGCAACAACCUGGGCAACGGAGCCAUUUCUCAGCUGACGCGCUGGCUGGCAACCACAAGCGACGACGGCUUCCCUGCGCUGCGCCGCCUCGAGCUGUGCGGAAACCCCUUUACGUAUCAGGCGGGCAAGUGCCUCGUGCACUGCUGUGAAGGUCUGCGACCUUCUACGGGCACCCUGUCGGCCAGGUCAGCGGCUCCACCGACGAGCGACGGCGCAACACCAGCAAGUACACUCGGCAACGAAGAAUUUGCUGCUGCUGCUGCUGCUGGCGACUCCUCGUGCUAUUGGGAAGAGGUCCCUGGCAUGCAGAUUGAGUACGUGGGUGUGGCGGACACGUCGAUGCCGUCGGGGCUGCAGCGUGCGCUGCAUACGCGAAUUGCUGAAGCCAUCGUCCGCCGUGAGCAGCGGCGACGACGGCAUUGCGCUGCGCCGCACCGUCCUUCGCAGCGGCAGAGAAGUUUUGGCGCGCACCGCAGCCAUCGUUCGAGUAAAGCAGCAGACGAUGAGGCGCGCCCGAAUGAGGAGUCUUCAGCAGCGGCACCGGUGGAGGCAGCUGUUGUGCGCAUCCCGGCUGACCUGUUCGAUGAACUCGCUGAUGAACUGGCGGAAGUGGAUGGAAGGGAAGAGGAGGCAUUCGACGAAGGCGUCGCACCUACAAACGCGCCCGCCGCAGCAACCGCCGCUGAGGCGGAUAACAAAAUCCAAGACAACGAGCUCGACGCCGUUAAUAACAUCAACAUCCGUGAUGAUGUCCGCAGGAGUCUUCCAAGAGACAUCUCAUCAGUCCGUGGACACGGCGCGACGCACCUUCCUGUCACGGAGGUGUUGGAUGGGGAAAGAGAAGCUCCUACGCUCACCAUCACGAGCAGCUCCCUCUCCCCCAGCUACGCGCGAGGGGAUGCUGAGGCAGCGCUGAGGCACAUCAGCGGCUCUGCCACCGUUCCCCCUGCCGACAUGACCCACGUCGCGCUGCUGCCGCCUUCUGAGCUCUACAAGAGCGUUAACAGUGAAUACGACGACGAACUGGACGGAGCAGACGCAGAAGUUCGCGACGGGGCUUCGUUUUCGUGUAGCCAACGUAAUGCGGAAGACGCGUUCACGUGCGAAUCGCACUCGCCGCCGUUUCUCCCGACUACGUCGCGGGUGCAGGUGGAGACGCCGACUCAGCCACAAUCGGCGGCUGAUGUGUUAGACGGGCUCGGCAUGGAGGCGCGCGCAGGUUCGGCAAGUUAUGAUGCUGGCGCGUCCAACGCCGCUCCCUCCUGGCUGGACGACAUGUAA